AUGGAGAAUGUCACUACAGUAAAUGAGUUUCUGUUACUUGGCCUGACCAGUGUUCAGCAGCUGCAGCCUUUCUUCUUUGUGAUUUUCUUAAUCAUUUACUUGAUAAACUUGGUUGGAAACGGAGCUAUAUUAGUGAUUGCGAUUUUGGAACCCAAACUGCAUUCCCCCAUGUAUUUUUUCCUGGGAAACCUUUCUUGCCUGGAUAUCUGCUACUCUUCAGUGACAUUGCCCAAAGUCCUUAUAAACCUCCUCUCCGCUCGCAGGGCUAUAUCAUUCCUGGGCUGUAUCACUCAGCUAUACUUCUUCCACUUUCUGGGAAGCACAGAGGCCAUCUUACUAGCUGUUAUGGCUUUUGAUCGCUUCGCUGCCAUCUGCAACCCACUUCGUUACCCUGUCAUCAUGAACCCCAAGGUAUGUAUUCUCUUGGCAGCCGUGGCCUGGAUCACCAGCAUCUUUAACGCUCUGGUACAUUCUGUCAUGACUGCACGCCUGAACUUUUGCCGCUCUCAAGAGCUCAAUCACUUCUUCUGUGAUGUCAAGCCCCUCUUGGAACUGGCCUGCAGUAACACACUGCUCAACCAAUGGCUUCUUUCUGUUGUCACAGGCAGCGUAUCUAUGGGAGCUUUCUUCCUGACGCUUCUCUCCUACUUGUAUAUUAUUUACUCCCUUCUGCUCAAGCAUAAGUCCUGCAGAAUACUCCACAAAGCUUUGUCCACUUGUGCCUCCCAUUUCACGGUGGUGUGUCUUUUCUAUGGACCUGUAGGCUUCACGUACAUUCGUCCUGCCUCAGCCACUUCCAUGACUCAGGACCGGAUGGUGGCCAUCAUCUAUAGUGCAGUCACUCCAGUGCUGAAUCCACUGAUAUACACUCUUAGGAAUAAAGAAGUGAGGCUGGCGCUGAAGAACCUUGGGAGCAAGUUAUUUAAAGACUGCUGGCAGCACCACUGA